GCCUUUGGAGUUUGACAGCGUCGAAUGGAAGGAUGUGCCGACUAGGGUCGGUCGCACAGAUCGUGGGAACGAGACGUCGAGGCUUGGCGAAUCAAGGGUCAUUCGACAGCGACGGCGAAGGCGGAUUUGUGGGUCGGGGGUGGACUAUGUCCUACGACCGCGCCCGCGGUGGACGCAUCGCGGGAUCGUCAACGCCACCCGCUCAAGGUUUCUUUUCCAUUCGUUGUUCUUCACCUGUCGGCGGGUAGGGGUGUUGAGCGGGUUAGGGUUUUUGCACUUGAUGUUUGUAUGGCGGCGUUUUUCUUGUGAAUAUUAUAAUGUAGAGGUUUUGUCGGAGCGACUUUUUGCAGUUGAUCCGAGAUUUGGGUUGGAAAGUUUCGUUCAUUUUCCUAUUUGGUUGUUCCAUGUAUUAGGUCCGAAAAAGGAACAAUACAUGGAGAGCGUCGCAGCAGAACCAGGAAACGGCGGCGCCGCACCCGUCGUACAUGUCGAGGAUCCUGGCGCCAACUCCACCCUCGAUGUUGACACGGACCAACGACCAACACCGUCGCCGUCGCAGUCGCGCUCCCAAUCCCAGUCCCCAGCAAACAAAGGGAUAACUACCCACAUUGAUCCUUCGAGUCAACCGGCGUCCAGUCCAUCGACCCUGCCGGGCGUGAAAGGCACGUUAGGUGGGAUUCCGUUGGACCUCAGUGCGACGCAAUCGAUCUCGCGACAACUCGUUCCCGCCGAUGUGACGAUGCAAUGCCCACUCCUCUUGGGAAGCUACCGUGUGGACGAAAACGGUGUUGCCCUUUGGACAGGUCGGUGGGCGAUGACAGAGGCUGAGUACGCUACGGGCAUUACGUCGCUGUUUGAGAUGAAGAGCAAACCGUUGGCGAUGCGCCAGUUUUUCCAGAAUCAGGCUGACCCCGCACCCAACAACGGAUUGCACGUGGAAAAUGCGACUGACGAAGAGAGCCAUCCUUCCCCUCUCGCUUCAGACAAGGCGGCAAAGGGUCUGUGUCCCAUCGAACGCAAGUUCGACGGAUUCUUCCAGAUUUUGACCAUGAAGGGAAAGCCUGCAACGAUUCCCGAAAAGGAUGUGACGCUGACUUUCCAAAAGUGCGACUUGGACAACGUGUACUUGGUGAAAGGGACCGGCGAGAACCGGUUUGGUGUGUUUACCCUGCAAGGGCUUCUCGACGAAGGAUCGCAAGAGCUGCGACUUUACAAGGCUUACAAGCCCAAGGACAAAACUCCCGUUGCCAAGCGAACACGACCAAAGGCUGAGCCGGUUGAAAAAGUCGAGCCUCCCGCACAAGUCGAAAAGGCACCACCCAAAAAGCAGAAGGUCAAGGUUGAAGCCUCUCAAAAGAUGAAGGUGGAACCCAGCACGAUUCAAUCAUCAAUCACUUCGUCACUUGCAACUACUGUGGCCGUCAACUUUGCCUAUGUUUCGAAGGCCUUGGGCGCGGCGCCAGCACAGACGUCGGCGCCUACAAUUUCGUACGAACGUAUGUCCACAUCGGCCCGGCACCGCUCGGAGCGCAAGCGAAGUCUGCCGGCGCAUCUUCGCGAAGAAGGACUAGCCGAACUGGAGCGAGUACCAGCAAUGCGCAAGUGCCAUAACAUUUUGAAGAACCUCAUUGCAAACCCCAAAGCUGUGCCGUUUUUGGUGCCGGUGGAUCCUGUUGCAUUGGCCAUUCCCGACUACUUCAAGGUAAUCAAAGAGCCCAUGGAUCUCGGAACAGUGCGUGGCAACUUGGAGAACGGCGUGUACCCCGAUCCCCAUGCUUUUGCUGAGCAAGUUCGUCUGGUGUUUAACAACUGCAUGCGAUACAACGCAGCCCAUACCCAAGUUCACGUGUUUGCGCAAAAGCUGCUGGAAGAUUUUGAAAAGAAGAUGAAGGCUGUGUUCAAGACGGAAGCGGGCAUGAUGUUAGGUGGUAAAGGGUCCCGCAAGGGAUCAAAUAACCAUUCGGACGGCGAAGGGUCGCAGGAUUCGUUCUCCAGCCACAAACCGAAGAAGUCCAAGUCUUUGAAGAAGGCAAAAAUCGAGGAGAUCACUGCGUUGAAGGAAGAGAUCGAAAAGAUGAAGGUGUUGGUGCAGGAUAUGGUGAAAGGGACGCCGCCUGGAGGCACCCCUGUUGGUGGCAAACCACGUUCAUCACGGCCGUUCCGCAUGCAAGACUUGACGGAAGAACAAUUGACGAAACCGAUGACGUCGACUGAGAAGCUGAAGCUCACGACCGAACUCAAGUCGCUUCCCGAAGAGAAGAUUUCGCGAUUGCUGCAACUGAUUGCCGAGAUUGUCCCAAUCCACACGUUUGCCAAUAACGACGACGAAGUGGAGCUGGACCUGAGCUUGUUUGACACGCGAAGUCUGCGCAUGAUGGAAGGCUACCUUCGGGAACAUAACGUAUCGAAGCGAAAGCGACCACCAAAGAAGGCGUCGGCAAAGGAGUCGGACCGUUUGCAGUUGGCCAAAGAAUCGAAUCAAGCCAUCCAGUAUCGCAAAGAAGAGCUCCAACGGAGGCUGGCGGCGAUGGAAAGCGACGGCGCCAUACCGACCGCGAGCGUUAUUCCUCAGACCGUGGAGGACUUGCGCGCGAAGAUUGACGGCGACAGGUCGUCGGACAGCAGUUCGUCGGACAGUGGCAGUUCCGACUCGGACAGCAGCGACUCGGACACGGAGCAACCUUUGCAAAAGUCGCCAUUGUCAGUUGUAAGUGGUCCCACCUCACUCUCCUCGGACUUGUCACUGGGUAAGACAUUGAACCAAUGUGUUGCAUAGGUUGUUAUUUACGAAACACCGCUUUGUGUCCUUCCAGUCGUCGAAGACCACACGACAAGCACGGACGAACCCCUCAAGGUUGAGAAUCGCGGCGCGUGGACCAAGUUAGCGCGCCUGGAAGCGACCGACAUGCCGUCGAGCGGGUCGUCGUCUCCGCCGACUUUAACAAUCCAGUCGGACGAGAACGCAUCGACGUCGCUGUGGCUGUACGCCCGUACCCUUGAACAGCAGAAGCUGCAAAAGGAGCAGAUGAAGGACAACAUCCAAGUGAUCGCCACCGCGACGACGACACCUGCUGUUGUCGUGGACGAUGCGGCGCAGCAAGACAAAGAGCGCAAGGACGAGUUAGAGCGCUUGAAACUCAUGGAAAAGGCAGAACAGCUGGCGCGUGAAGCUCGCCAACGCGAACUGGAAAUGUCCGUUGCGGCGCAGCGUCAAGCAGAGCGGGAGAAACUCAAGCGGGAAGUGGAGCGCAUGAGUGGUGGCCGGCCGGAAGACAGCAUCCUAUUUCACAAAGACCUGGCAAAGUUUGGGUCGGCGUCGUUUUACUGAGCAACCACGAACACUCGUCGCAUGCGCCCCCUUUCGAGCUGUUGGAUAGACACGAUAGAUACGAGCCCCCCUUAUUUAAUAAAUCGUACAAAUACCA